AUGACAAUAACAAUGAUGAUGACAACGAUGACAACGAUGACAACAACGAUGCGGGCAAUGAUGGACGUGAAUGAAGAUUUUAGAACUCAAAGUCGAGCUACUCAAAAUACAACACGUACAGUACGUACAACAUCUACCACCACUACACAAAAUACUACAAUGACACCUAUAACACCAAUUGAUUUAGAAGAUCCUCAUCAAGAUUAUAUAAUUCCCAUAAAUACUUACACCAUUAUCACUGAAAGUACCACCUCAUUGAAUAACAGAAAGAUUGCAGAUUUGAUUUCAGAUUCUGAUGAUAAAAGACAAUCUCGUGGUUCAUCAGGAUCAGGUUCAGGUUCAGGAUUUUUAUUUCCACCAUUUUGGUGGUUCGGAUCAUUUUAUCCUAGAGAUCCUAAAUAUGAAACAGAUUUCAAAUGGAAAAGAUAUAAUCGAUUGAUGUCGAUAUUUUCUUUAUUCUUCAUCACAUUAAUAAUUGGAAUAAUUAUUUGGUAUUUAAAAUCUGAUAUGAAAGCUUAG